AUGGCGCCCGAUGGACUGCUGAGAGCCCGCCUCAGUGACUGGAACGAUGACGUAGAAUUGUUCGUGUAUGCUUCCCGAGUGCCCGAGUUGGGUGCGCGGUUAGAGCUCGAAUUAUUUUCUAACACGAACGACGACGGGCACUCCACGCUGGCACGGGCCACAAUCGCGCCGAGCAAGUGGUUCCCGCUACUGCUCAAAUCGGAACCUUGCCGGACGGCGGGAGGGGAGCUGAGGAGACCUUCGACGAUCACAGUUGAUCUCACCUCAGCCGCCAGCCAGGGCGGUCCUCCCCCCUCUCUCCGUCUCACACUCAUUCUAGCAACGUCACCCCGUGGUCCACAGGCGGAUGUGAUAGGCUCAUAUCACCAAAUCUGCCAAGCACAGGCCGCCCGAGCGACUUGCGACCCUUGGCCAAUCGAUACGACCGCGCCGAGCCCCGUCAGGGAUUGUGUUCUGUAUGUUCGUUUGAUGCAUCGUGUCGUCAGAAAAGAGGGUGCGCUGCACAAGAUGAACAUGCCUUUCGCCAAAGCGGAGGCUGACAUCCUGAGUUUUGUUGGGAAAACGAAGCGAAUACCCGUGCCUCGGUUGAUCAGCCUUUCGUCCACCUCGAUUUGCAUGGAGGAAAUCCAGGCUCGUACGCUUGACUCAUGCAUCGACAGAAUGACGUGCGACGAGCUUGGCGAGGUGAGCCGUCUGCUCCAGCACUAUCUCGCGGAGCUCCACCACCUGCCGCUUCCCCACGACACGCUUGGUCAAUUGCACGGGGGUCCCUAUCGCAAUCAGAUGUUCGGCGAUUCCGCACCAAGGGCAUUCAGCAACGUCGUCGAGUUUCACGCGUUACUGGCAUCGUAUCUUUACGAAUCGCGAUACAGAUCGCGAGAUUGCGCUGAUCUCAUCGUGUCUAAGCUGCCCCGAACCGACGAUCGGGUCCUUGUGCACGGCGAUUUGCGGCCUCAGAACAUCAUGGUGCGGAAGAGCGACGGGGCCUUGCAAGUCACCAUUGUCGACUGGGGUAGUGCAGCGAUCCUUCCAUCGACACUCUGGGAGAAGGCAGGGAUGAGGAUGCAAGGGACAGGGGUUGGGGAUAAGUGGAAAUACAUUGUUGACUUGGUUUGGGGACCAUCCGACGGUGCCGGGCAUACACAAACCCUCGACGCGAUCAUUGAGGCACAGACUGCAUUCCAUUGA